ACAAAAUUGUCAAAAAAAAAAAAUUCGGUGAGACCAAAAAAACGCUCGCCUACUUCUCUUCUCGCUCUCCCUCUUGCUCCUCCUCUAUCCCUCUCCCUCACUCCCUCUCUCUUUCAAGCACAGUUUCAAGCUCUGAAGACUCGAUCUCUGCUGGCGAGAAACCUUCAAUCAGAUUCUGCAGCUAGGUUUCUCAUUUUAACUCCUACCUACUUUUUUUUUUUCUUGCGAAAGUUUGAGCUUCCAUGGAGCUCGGAAUCAUCGAUUAGGGUUAGGGAUUUUCCUCGAUUUGACCUAAGUUUCGGAGUUGAAUAAUGGUGAGAGAUGAAGCUUAGAUUGACAAAAUGGGUUGUGUAUUUGGCCGAGAGGCAUCGUCUGGGAGAACAACAGCAACAUCAACAGCAACAGCAACAUCUGAAUCUAAAGUUGCAAAGAGCUCCAAAACUAGCGCAGCGGAAGAAACUGUGAAAGUGAGUAAAACCAAUGGUGCUAUUGUGGAUGUGGAGAAGAAGCAUGAGGAGAUUCCAAAGGAAGAAAACACUGAGAAAGAUAGGAAAUCGAAAGGAGAUCGCAGAAGGUCAAAGCCUAACCCACGGUUGAGUAAUCCAUCAAAGCAUUUGCGUGGUGAACAGGUCGCUGCUGGUUGGCCUUCUUGGCUUUCAGAUGCUUGUGGUGAAGCCCUAAAUGGUUGGAUUCCAAGAAAAGCCGACACUUUUGAGAAAAUCGAUAAGAUUGGACAAGGAACAUACAGUAAUGUGUACAAAGCAAAGGAUAUGUUGACUGGUAAAAUCGUAGCCCUCAAAAAGGUUCGGUUUGACAACUUGGAGCCGGAAAGUGUGAAGUUUAUGGCAAGAGAGAUUCUCGUAUUGAGGAGACUCGAUCAUCCUAACGUUGUGAAGUUGGAAGGUUUGGUUACGUCGAGGAUGUCUUGUAGCUUAUACCUUGUAUUUCAAUACAUGGAUCAUGAUUUGGCUGGUCUUGCUUCAAGCCCUGUUGUUAAGUUCUCAGAACCAGAGGUUAAAUGUUUAAUGCGUCAAUUGCUAUCUGGUAUGGAGCAUUGUCAUAGUCGUGGUGUGCUUCAUCGUGACAUCAAAGGUUCAAAUCUUCUUAUCGAUGAUGGUGGGGUCCUCAAAAUUGCUGAUUUUGGACUGGCGACGAUUUUUGAUCCUAAUCACAAGCGGCCAAUGACGAGUCGAGUGGUCACGCUUUGGUAUCGAGCUCCAGAGCUUCUUCUUGGAGCUACUGAUUAUGGUGUAGGUAUUGAUCUUUGGAGUGCCGGCUGUAUAUUAGCUGAGCUGUUGGCGGGAAGACCUAUUAUGCCCGGUCGGACAGAGGUGGAGCAACUCCAUAAGAUUUACAAGCUCUGUGGUUCACCAUCAGAUGACUACUGGAAAAAAGGAAAAUUCACACACGGAGCGAUAUAUAAACCCCGUGAGCCUUACAAAAGAUGCAUAAGAGUGACGUUUAAAGAUUUCCCGCCAUCAUCUCUUCCACUCAUUGAUGCCCUUCUUUCGAUCGAACCAGAAGAUCGCCAAACUGCAACUGCUGCUUUGAAAAGUGAAUUCUUUACAAGCGAACCAUAUGCGUGUGAACCUGCUGAUCUGCCAAAGUAUCCUCCAAGCAAAGAAAUGGAUGCAAAGCGACGAGAUGAAGAAACUCGGAGACAAAGAGCUGCUAGUAAAGCCCAAGGGGAUGGUGCAAGGAAGAAUCGCCACAGAGAUCGUUCGAAUCGAGCACUUCCAGCUCCAGAAGCUAAUGCCGAACUUCAGACAAAUCUCGAUAGAAGGAGAUUAAUCACACACGCAAACGCAAAGAGCAAGAGCGAGAAGUUUCCACCACCGCACCAAGAUGGUGGAGCAAUGGGACCAUUGGGGGCCUCACAGCACAUAGACCCGACAUUCGUCCCACCAGACAUGGUCUCAUCCUUCACUUCCACUUCCUUCAAUUUUUCCAAAGACGAACCGCCUACGCAAGUCCAGACCUGGUCAGGUCCUUUGGGUCAUCCCAUCACUGGGAUUUCCAGAAGGAAGAAAGAUAAUACCAAAAGCAGUAAAGGAAAGAGAGCAGUGAUGGCUUGAGAAGAUAAAUUGUUGCAAAUGCUAUUUCUUCAAUGUAUAACAGUGUAAGUGUUUUAACUUUAUUAUUCUUUGUGGCUUCCUGAAGAGAAAGUGCUUUAUUCUUUUCAAAUUUGCGUAUACUGUCAUGUAUUUAUAACUUUAUAUAUAUAAGUCGACUUACCACU